AUGGAGAUCCAAACGGUAGUCUGCGCACAGGCAAAGCCUCCUUCAGCAACCCCGCAAUCUGCGCCCGCACCUGAGAAACGGAAGCGGGUUCGCCGAUGGCAUCACCGGGGGUUUACCGGCUGUUCGACAUGUCGUCGACGUCAUGUUCGCUGUGACGAGGCGUCACCCUCGUGCAAGAAUUGUACUCGUUUAGGUCUCGAAUGUGACGGCACACAAGGGCGGAUGACCUUCAAGGUCUAUGGCCCACCUCAAGCGCCGGAGUCGUCCUCACCACCGAAAAAGCGAGAGCCAAAGAAGCCUAUCUCGCAUGUCCUGGAUCCCACCGAUGGCAAUAAAUUGAUUAAAAUUGAACCUGGCGAAGAGGACGAAUCCUACGAUGCGCUAGUAAUAUCCCCAACCACCAUCCCGGAAUCGAAGCCGAUGAAAUAUCGAUUCCAGGAACCCAUUUCACCAGCCGUCUUCAUGUCUUCGUCAUUAGAGUGUGUCGAUGGCCGCUAUUAUACUCAUUUUAUCGACAGUGUGGCAACCUUGCUCCUGAUCUACGACAACUCAAUCAAUAUCAACCCUUACAGACGAUAUUUCCCCGAAAUGGCCCGGUCGUCGCCGACCAUGGCCAACGCGAUGCAGGCGCUAGGAGCAUUACAUCUCGCCAAUACAUCUAGAGGCCAACAACGGAAUCUACACUUCCAACGGGCCAUGGGCAAAUAUGGAGAGGUGGUCAAGUCUUUCCGCACUCGAUAUACCCAGCCCGACCAGAACCUACAAUUAACAGACCUCGCCACUUGUUUAUUACUCUCUCUUUUCGAAAUGAUGGACUCCCAAAAUCAUAACUGGAACAUUCAUCUGAAAGGUGCUCGUGAAAUAUAUCGUCUACUCUUCCUUCCGAAUAGCGAUCCGGCCAAAGAGGCGCAACGCCAAGCUGAAAUGAACCACCCACUUCGACAUUUUCUUGUUUCUCUCCUGUCUUACCUUGACGUCGCAGGCGCCUGUGCUACUAGCGAAGGGACUGUAGUUGAGGGCAGCUACUGGAAAACGCAUGGUGGCGGCUGGGAAUAUAACCUGGGUAUCCCAAGUUUGUCGGCGGAGACACCCGCUGAGAAUCCCCUUCUGGUGGAACUUCGCCAGUGUUGGUCUCAGAUGAUGGAGAUCCAAGCAGCUAUCAGUUCUUUCGGGAAGGCAAAAAGCGAGGGGCAGAUGCCCCCUGAACAGCAAGACUUGUUGUACCAGGAUCUGAUGGGACGACUAGUCCAGUGGCGGCUCAAUGCUCCGAAGUGCAUCCAAGAAGUUGGCGAGCUAGAUGACGAGAGCUUGAAGCGAUAUCCCUACCCACAGGUCUUAGAAUAUGCUGGCUGUAUCGAGUCGUACGAAAAAGCGACCGUUGUCUACUUGCAUAAGGUCGUAGCCGCAGACCGCCCAGACCGUGUUCCCCAAAGAGCCCUGCUAGACAUGCUUGCGUCGCGAAUCUUAAACCUGAUUGGGAAACUUGCCAAAGAUGUGGGCCAGCUGGCAGUGCUAUGGCCUUUGUUUACCGCGGGCCGCGAGACUCGUAAUGAGCGUGAGCAGAAAUUUGUGCGUGAAACCAUGAUUAACCUACAACGGUUUGGGUUCAAGAACGUUGAAAAGGGCCUGGAAGAACUGGAGAAGGCAUGGUUCAAGCAACGCGCAUUCCCUGAGGGGUGGAUAGACAGAAUGGAGGACGUUCGCUCCUCGAUCCUCCUUCCUUAA